AACAAUAAUGGCAGACACUUUUUCAUGAAAAGUAUGUUUUGGUUUUUAUUUUGAAAUAUAUCGCAUCAGAUCGUAGACUGAGUUUGCUGUCAACCUGACGGUUAUAAGCUGCACAUUUUUAUGGAACUGAAUCUCAACAUGAUGCAACAAGAUCAUCAAGAUGAGCUGCACCUGGCAGACCAAGGGGGUGGUGUUGGAGGCAGCAUAUUGACUUUAAUGAAAGUAGAAAUCGACAUCAAAGGAAAUCUGCUCUCGAAAACAUGGACAGAAUUGUCUGGACUUCUUGAGAAAUACAAGGGAGAACUCAUUUCACAAGAACAGAAGUUUUCAUCAGCUUGCAGUGCAUCUUUCCAAAUACCUGUGGACUCAAUUCAGGAGUUAAAGGAACAGGUUCUAAGGAAGGAUGAAAUGUUAACAAAGUGCCAGGCCGAAAUGAUCCGUACCCAAAGUCUCUUGGGAGAAGUUCGGACGAAUCUGACUGGGAAGGAAGAACUUCUGCAAAAACUGCAGAGGGAAUUGCUUGAAAAAGACGGUAUAAUUCUGCAACUUCAGGCAGAAGUGCUAAAGUUGAAUGCGGAGCUGUCUGGAAAGAAUACACUGGUUGAUAAAUUGCAGGAGCAGAUGAUAAAAGAGUCUUUAGAUUUAGCAUCAGAGAUGAACACCAUGAGGGAACUUCUUGACAAAGAAAGGAAUCUUGACCUGCAGUUCCGAGCUCCAACUACAAGUACAAUGCCAUUUGGUAAACAAACAGAAUACCCAUGCACAAGUGCUGACUCUAAUAUGCCAUUGCAUUCUGCCGGAAGUUUAGAUUCCGUGACGACCCCCAACCAAACAACAAGACGCCAGUUCUAUUCGCAGGACUCACACAGUCGCGACGUGGAGCUGUCGUCACUCCAUGCCCAGACUGACAUUUAUUUCCCCGGGAAUAGAAAGUACCCUCCUGAACAUCAGAACCUCCACACCCUCUCUAACAGCGCUUCAACCCUGGCUAGGAUGGAAACCGACCUCGCCAGGCUUCCCACUUCAAGACAUUCUAUAUCGGUUUCACAAGCUGAAGCUGCGAUAGAUUUAGCAGCACUGUUCAGCCCGUUGUUACCGUUCGAUAACACAGGCCCUUUGACAAGUAGUGUUCAUCAAGACUUCAACAAUCAUGGCUUGCCAAUUGACUCUUGUUCAAUUAUCACAUGCACAGCGGAGGAUCAGAAUAGAGAUAUUCCUUGCCUAGCUAGCGUGCCAUCUCUCCAACCAAAACUGCCGGUACUCUCAGUCGCAAUCCAGCAGGCCUCAUCAGUUGCGAUUGCAACCCAGCUGUCUUCACCAUCACCUCAGCCACCAACGCCGCAACCAAACCAGCAACUACCGCAACCAAACCAGCAACUACCGCAACCAAACCAGCAACUACCACAAGCAACUCUGGGUUCACCACUACCUGCAGUGACAAGCCCCCAAGUUGCACCCCCUGCCACUUCGAUCCCAGCAACUGUACCUGAAACGUGUCUGAUUACAGUAAAGGAGAAAAUGCUACGGGAAAACUCCGAAGCGAGUUCAUCAGAGGAUCUAACUAAGGAUCUUUCACCUGUGAAAAUCAAGUCAGAAUUUAUUCCUCUCUUGACAGAACAGCUAACAGAGCUCUCGAAGCUUCAAAACGUGCAAGAAAACGCCAAUAAACCGUUUUGGGCGCAGAAGCCGCUGUGUUCACUCCUGGCUGUGAAAAAGCCUGGAAAGUACAAAUGUGAAAUCUGUGGGAAACUCUUCAGUCAAACGUCGACGUUGAAAAUACACAAAAGGCUCCACACGGGAGAGAAACCUUACGAGUGUCAGCACUGUGGUAAGCGCUUCACUCAUAACCAGAACUGUAAAAAUCACAUGCGUAUUCAUACUGGUGAGAAACCAUUCGUAUGUGAAACAUGUGGCUCUAGCUUUAGUCGACACUAUGCAUUAACCACACAUUUGAGGAUACACACGGGCGCAAAGCCAUAUCAGUGUGCACUCUGUGGGCGCGGAUUCGCUGUCCAUACAAACUGGAAAACUCACAUGCGUAUCCAUACUGGAGAAAAGCCAUUCUCUUGUCAUAUUUGUGGGAGUACGUACGCCCAUUUACAGACUCUUAAGAAGCAUCGCCUGCUUCAUAAGAUUAACCCAGUUGGGAAGAUAGAGCAUGUUUCUAGUGAUGAGGAAAGCAAGACCUCCUCGGAGGUGGUAGAGGAAAAGUAAAGUGUGCUUCUAAAAGUCUGUGCCAAAAAGUUUAAUGUGCCAAUUCUAUAUGUUAAAUAGCAAGAUGUGUAUUUCUUGUUGAUAGCUUAAAUGGCAUCAAGUUGAUAGCAUUUAUAAUGUAUUUCAAUAGCCAUUUUUUCUCGAAGGCUGCCUGCUUGUUGUGCUCUAAACUCUAGUGUUAUUUCCUGUGCCUCUUUUAUUUUCCUGCUUAGGCCAGCCUUUUUGAUAUCUUGGUGCUGGCAUCCGCCAACGUUGGAUCGGCCGACGUCCAAAUGACAAAAACAUUAUCUUUUUUUUAAAUUUUUUAUUUCGCCCGCUGCCUCAUGGAUUGGAUCCAAACUCCAAACUUUUUUUUUUGCCUGAGUCGGCUGUUGCCUGUUCUGGUGUAUUUUACUUUGUGCACAUCCAUCAUUAACCAUGGCAGACAUGGCGGCUGCCCUGGUUUAAGAUUGUUUUCUUGGAUGGGCCUUCUAUUUUGGAUAAUAUGCUCUGUUUUGUGUAUCCUUUGAAAUAGGGCGUUAAAAGUUAAAAACAAGAAUUUUUUUUUUUUUCUACUAAAUUUUUAUUUUUAUUUCUUCCUCUGUCAUCACUAAUAUCUACAUUUUAUUCGAGAAUCAUAAAAAAGCCUAAAAAUAAUUUUUUUUCAAAUUUAUUCUGCCCUCCUCUCCUGAAUUGUCACUGGAGAUGUCCGAGCACCAAGGAAUAAAAAAGGCAUGCCUUAACAAAUUAAAUGAACACUAAAAUUAUGGUUUUGCUAUAGCUAGCCAUGGAAGGCCUCAUGCCGAUUGACGGCAUACUAGGAAUUGACUGUCUUACCCCCUGAGAACAACUAUUUGAAUAACUUUUGGUAAAUAAGUAGAAAGAUCGCAAUAAUGGCGCUUAAUCAGAUUGCAGAUCAUGUGACUCCGAGCAUUGCAUGCAACUACCGUAAUACUGAUUCGUUGUUGAUCUGUUCAAGUGUAAUAUGGUAUGUAUGUCACCACUAGGUAACAUAUUUAAGUUGAGACAAUACCACCAAUGAAUAUUCAUAGGUUGGAGGGUACAGACCUAUCAAUUAGACACGAGUUUGUUUUUAACUCUCAAGUACAUAUUUGGAGAGCUAUUGAAAAACUAUUUGUGUGGCAAGUCUACAGAUAUAAAGAAAUUAUUUGAUGAAAAAUUUAGUUUUGAAUUUUGCUAAUUUGGCAAUUGGUGUUUUGAGAUUUUUCUGCCAUUUGGCUGAAAAGAUUGGAUAUAUCAAUGUCUGUCCAAUUUGGUGGUCAACUACCAGUUUACUUUUCACCAUUUACUUGCCCGACUGUCGGGAAUAUCAUAUCAAAAUUUCAGAUUCACAACCCCACGCAGUAUUUGAUGCGUCGCGGUCAAACAUUGACAAUUUAACUGCUAAAAGGCUUAAAAAAUCAAUGGUGGUCUUGCCUCAGUUAGGUGUUUCUGUAGGACUUGUAAACCAGCUUAUUUUCAAUCUUUUUAGGCUUCUUUGUCUGUAUUCAAUUAUGCAAAUCCAUCCCAGAAAUAAUCUGAAAAGAAAUAGCUAAAGUUGUAAGGUACACAAGUUUCAUUUUAAUUACUUAAUUUCUCAGAUUUUACCACAUCAUGCCAGUGUUGGUGUGAUUGUGCAGAGUUCGUGUUUGAUCUGGCUGAAUUGUGCUUAAUUUUCCAAAAGAAACCCACAUGGAUUUAUUGCUUGGCAUGCCAGGGAUCUUGAGUGAUGAUAAUUCGAGCAUGUUCUGCAUACUAUGUAUUUCCAAAUGGGGUGUCUCGGUUAAGGGCAGCCAGUAUGAUUUUGAUUAUGUUUAUAGGACUAGCAUGAAAGUCAUGGUGUUAACACAAGGAUAAUGUUUUAUGGGACACCCUUCACAUGUGAUUAUGAUACAACAGCUGAAGUUUUUGGAUUAUGGAAUGAAGUGUCUGAAAAUUCAGAUAAAUUGCUAACUAGAUACACCUGACAAUGUUAUUGUUUAUACGUAAAGAGUUGUUAUUGUUUAUUUGUGCUAACACUAACAGCAUUUGUUUUGUCUCCUGGGAAAGGACGAGUCUGAAAUUUUAAUCAUGUCAAGUGUCUUCGUAAAAUACUGAACCAUUUUGAUCAUGGUAUCACAAGUUGUUAAUUUCCCCAUGUUAUGAAUUUUCGUUGUAAAAGGGGGACUGUAGGCAGGGGCUUGAUUUCCAAUUGGUCAUUUGGUGGUCUCUGAAAACUGGGUCUAGUUUGACCUGGUGAUAAACAUUUCUCUUACAAAUGUUCACUGUGGGAUCAUAAUCCUAACCAUCCAUCAGCAACUUCAUGAACCUUAAUCUGGCUCCUGCCUAUAGUCUCCCAUUAAUGCCUCUAUUUAGACAUAGAUCUGUUUAAUUUUCUUCCAUUUUAUUGCCUGUACAAAAAGGAGCUGAAUUAUAUUUUUGUACUUCUCUGUACAGUUCUAUACUAACAUAUUCAUUAUCUCGCCUAGCUAUGAUCAUGUUAUUCAUUUACCCCGUUAUGAUAUAAUUAAAAGACCUAUCUGUGAUAAUUGUGCAA